GGCUGAGUAUCAGGUUGUCGUUAGUUUUGUGAAAACUCAUCUCAGGAAAACAUUUCUAAUAAUUGGAAGCUUUGCUGGAACUACCAUUGGAACUUGACAAUGAGGCACUCAAUCCUCAUCACAUUCAUCACAUCCUGUCUCUUCAUCAUCAGUCCAUCAUCAGCUUACACAGUACAAUGUUCAUUCCGUACUCAAGGCUUUCACUGGAUUACUGAUCAAUUCUACAUCUGUCGUGAUGAAAAGAGCAUCGUCUAUACCCGUGAAGAUCGUUAUGUUGAUGAUGUUAGUGGAACUCACUUGACAGGCAUGACAAAUGAUCAAGUCACUGGAUUUUAUACGCUCAACACGAGAUUCCAUUAUGUCCCAAAACAUGCUGAGAAAUUCUUUAAAAAUCUUCGUGUUCUGGCUGUUGAAGACUCGAGGUUGAUUGAACUUCGUCGUGAGGACUUGAUGCCGUACCCAAAUGUUGAAUAUUUGUACUUUAGUGGAAAUUUGAUUGAAGUUCUUGAGAAGGACUUGCUGAUUGGAAAUCCAAGAAUUAAAGGAAUUGCCAUGGAAAGGAAUCAUUUUAGAUUCAUUCACAGUAAAAUCUUUGAUGGAAUUACAAGGAACUUGAGCUUCCUCAUGAUGGACAAUGCUGGAUGUGUCAGCAUUCAAUCACAAUCAAACUUCGCUACAGCAAUUGCAACGAUUAAUGAGAAAUGCUCCAGUUAUGAUAGCUUUACGCCAAUGCUCACUGACUUGUACUUUGCACAGCGGUACAUGAGAAUGGUUUGAGAUCGAAUUGGGAAUUGGAUGUUAAGCACGUGUUCGGGAAU